AAUUAGCCAUUAGCCAAGCCAAGUGUGAUGCAACAACAAUCAUUCAUUUCAUUAUCUUAUCUCAUUGUAACCCGCUUCCGCUAACCCUCUUGUGAAAGUUGAAACUUGAAACGAAACUCUUUUCAUUUUCAUCUCGUGUGUCGUCUGUCGUGUAAAAUAUUGCAACAGUUUGCUAGUAACAAGAAAUUGAAUUAUUCUCUUUCGAAAUAUCAAGAAAGUUCCUGAAAAACCAUGAGUUCCGGAGACAAUUCAGAAGUACCGGUUGAUCACCAAAAAACCAAAAAGCUGGUGAAGAGUCAAUAUUACGAUGUCAUGGUCAAAGUGGAUGCCGACGUUUAUUGUUUAGAUAGAUUACAACUGGCCUGGAAAUCGGACUUUUUUGAGAAAUUAUUUAACGAGCAGUCUGACCAAAAAGAAUGCAGUUUGAUAGAGCUGUCGGUAAUGGAUACCAACACCUUCUCUGCCAUCGUUGAUAUAAUAUACGGACGACCGUUGACAUCUGUCUUGAACCACAACAAUUGCGUUGCUUUGUUAAUGGCCAUGAAUCACUUGCAAAUGGAGAUCGAUGUGGAAACUUACGCAAGUUUCAUUGAGAAAAAUUCCGUCGUAGAUGUUGAACUAUUCAAAUUACUCAACUUCUUGCAGAAAAAUGCGAAUUUGCAGUACUUGUUACCGGCAGUUUUCAUAUCUCUAUCUGUUCGUUUGGUGAAAAUCCAACAUAAUAAAGAUUUCUUACGUUUACCGCUUGACGAUAUUUUCAGAAUAAUUAUAAGCGGAGGAUGCGCCAUAGAUAUGCGUACCAUGUGUCAAAUUUGCUCACAAUGGAUCCAUCACGAUUUGCGAAGCAGACUUGCUCACUUCGCAAAGCUCGUUAAUGCUGUCAAACGAAGACUUGGUUAUGUAACCGAUAUAAAGGAUGAAGAUUUCAAGACUGUAUUAACUGAUGGUAUCGCCGACGAGGAAAUAAAUCCGGAAAUGACGAAGAAACUAUUCUACAAACGUUUGAUUUGCAAUGGAGAAAUAGAUUCGAGUACUUGGGGUGUAAUUUAUGCUCCUCAGAAAUCGUUGAAAGAUGAAAAAAAACAAGUUUCGAAUGAAGAAAAAAACAAACAAGUGUUGGAAAGCUUAAAAAAUAAUGAUGCCUACGAUAUCGUUGUGCCUUUUAUUACUGUACAAAAACAAGUUCCGAUUUAUUCUACAGAAAACGAACGAAGAAAGUUGAAAACACUUGUAGAAAACCAUCGUUUCCACGAUAUCGUUGUGACUACUGGAGAAAAAGCUUACAAACUUCAUCGAUUCGUGUUGAAUUCAGCGUCUGGCUAUUUUGCUGAAAUUUUUUCCGCCAAGCAAUCCAACGUAGACGCUCAAUUUGCACAAGCAUCAACUCUGCAACAGAUUAAAACAAACGAGUAUUCACUUGUUGGUGUUGAUCAAGCGACAUGUGACAUGAUCUUCGAAUACAUCUAUUUCGAUGAAUUGCGAUUGUCAUCUGAAACGAUAAUUCCUGUAUUCAAAGCUGCCAAUACUUUGAAAAUGAAAAAAUUACUCGCUAAAUGUGUAGCGUGGAUGAAGAUGAAUAUCGAAGAAAUUUGUGCGAAGGUUCUCAUCGCUGAUAAAAGUAUUUGUAGAUCGUGGAUUAUAAGGAAUAUUGCUGAAAUUUUUUCAAAACUUAUCAGCGAACCUGCUACAGCCGAUACGUUGCCUCUCUGUUUCAUUUCUUUCGAUAUGUUGGAGGAUUUACUUUUGUCAUCGUUUCAUUGCUGUAGUGAUCCGCAUAGGAUUUUAGACACGUGUUCGAAAUGGGUUUUCUACGAUGUGAAGAAUCGAUAUCACCUGAUACCGAAAAUCGCCCUCGCUAUUAAUCGCAAUUGCAUUACGAAGUACCAAGAAUAUAAAAUAGAACUGCCUGAAGAUUCGAACAACUGCUCGGAGGAAUCAAUUCGAAUUGAAUUAUUGAAAACGUUGAAUGCUACUUCGUUGAUUCCCUCUGCUGAAAACAUGCUCCAGAACAAUGAAAAGAAAUCGGAAGAAAUGCCCGUGUUUAUCUCAUGGACCCGGGAAACGUCAACUAUUUAUGUUUUGAACGCCAACUUGGAACAAAUUGCCACAUUGCGCCUUUCAUUUGAUUCACAAAAGCCAAGUUACGGCGAUUCCAUAACUGCGACUUUAAUAGAUGACAAUUUAUUCAUUAUGUUAUCGUUGAGGACUGAUGAUCUUGGCGCUGUUUCUCUGUUCAACGUAUAUAAUUUAUCUUCGAAAAAGUUCAUCUCAUUGAAUAGCAGCGUAAGUUUGAAAGGAGGCUGGUAUUCCGAGUGUACUCUGCUGAAUUGUCGUGGCCAAGUUUACUGUUGUUUUGAAAAAGGCCACGUAUUGAAAUAUUCGAUCGAAUUAAAUCGAUGGAUGAUAUUUUUGAAGAGCCCAGGAGAGGGACGUUCUGAUGAAAACCGAAUAUGUAUUGGACGUGUUGGACCAUUUCGGUUUACAAGUGAUGGAGAUAAGUUGUACAGAUUGUCGUUGUAUUCUAAGGCUUGUUCUGAGGAGUCAUCGUCGAAUUCAGAAUGCAAAUACGUUAUGGAGUUGUUCACAUUGUCUUUAAAUUCUAAGGCUUCUGCUGAGGGGUUGUCGUCGAAUUCAGAAUGCGAAUACGUUGUGGACGAAUUCAAUUUUCAACAAAAUGCGUGGUUGCCUUUGCCACAUUUGUCGUUUUUACGGUCUGGCAUGAUAUCUGUAGAUAAACCCCCUAAGACUGAUGGCAUUAUCUUUAUUCGUAAUAGUACUUCACCAUCUGACAAGGUAGAAAAUCUCACCAUCACUAAUGGCAGUAUGCUUACUGUAAUAUUACCAUCAUCCUUCAUGUCAUUUGACCAAAAUUCAGAACAGUGGCAAGCGUUUUCCAUGGCGGACAAUACUCCUACGCAGAUUCAUUUGAAAUCUUUCGCUGUGGUUCAGUUUGAAAAUGAACUUUUACACGUGUGCCUCAACAAACUGUAUCAGUGGUCUGAAAGAAAUCAAACCUGGGACUUGAAGAAAGAACUCCCGUUAAGAUUGGGAUCUGAAUCAUCCGAUGAAAGAAAUCAAACCUGGGACUUGACGAAAGAACUCCCGUUAUUAAGAUUGGGAUCUGAAUUAUCCGAUGGUUCAAAAAAUCGUGGCCCUUAUGACUGCAUUUCUGCCAUUCAUAGGCGCAGUGUUCGCACCGAUUAAUGUAGUGUAAUGUAACCUUAUGAUAAAGUAGCGAUAUUAAUUUUUGUUUUGUUUACAAUUUUAGAAGUUAUUGAUUUAAUUAUACCUUUCGAUUAUUAAACUUUCUCUAUUGUAA